AUAGCAGCAGCAAAGCAGGCGUGCUUGCUCACCCUCAACAGCACUUCCUUCCUCUGUCACCUGUCCAGCCAUGUUUUCUGUCCCCUGUCCGCCCUCCGGCGACCGCCGCCACUUCGCCCAGUUGCCCAUGGUGGUCACUGGCGGCUCCGCUUGUGAAACUGAUUACAACUACCCGGAUAGCUACUCCCGCGGCCAACCAAACUACCAGCGGGCGAUGGAGACGAUCGGAAUGGAAGCGCCGCCGCCGCGGUCGUCUUGCACGCUGCUCCAGCUCGGAGGGUUGGUCUACCGAGGUGGGAUCACCUGCGCCGUUGGGGAAUUUGUGGGCCCAGACAUGACGGAGGAUCAUCGGAAGGAGAGUGGCCUCAUGGUCUGCGAACCAGCGCAGUCAGUGUCGCAGGUAACCCUCUCCAAAGACAAAGUAGGCCUCCGACUAUCACCGGAGGAGAGGAAGGAGAAGAUCCACAGAUACAUGAAGAAGAGAGACCAUAGAAACUUCACCAAGAGAAUCAAGUAUACAUGUAGAAAAACUCUAGCAGAUAGUCGACCGAGAGUCCGCGGGCGAUUUGUUAAGCAUGAUGAGCGAGGUGAGGGAACCAAGGAUGCUGCGAUCGGCAACCAUGACUUCCACAAAGUGGCUGUGAAGGAAGAAGAGAUGCUCGAUUGGGACAUUCUUGCACACAUAAACACUGACAACUCCUUUGAAUGUAGUUGGGCUCUUGAAUCUUGGAUAUGAGCACUUGCACUCUUAUUGUGUACUUUUCAAAAAGAAAAUAAAAAAAUUUAAAGUUAAUUAAUGAAGAUAUAAGAACAAAAUUCCAAAUGCCAAUUUGCUAGCCAAUAUCAAAAUCUCCACUUUCGACUCUAAGGUUUUACAUGUUCUUAACUUGCACUAGCAAUCGCAUCAUAUCGAAUCCUCCUAUCUUUGAAGCCUACGAUCAAACUCUC